GAGGCGCCUACUACUCCAACCGCGACUGCAGCGAGCAACUGAGAAGACUGGAUAGAGCCAGCGGCGCCGCGAACGAGCAGUGACCGCGCUCCCACCCAGCUCUGCUCCACAGCUCCCACCAGUGUCUACCCCUGGACCCCUCGCUGGACUUUCCCCAAACCUCUACCAUGAUGUUCUCGGGUUUCAAUGCCGACUACGAGGCAUCAUCCUCCCGCUGCAGCAGCGCCUCCCCGGCCGGGGACAGUCUUUCCUACUACCAUUCCCCAGCCGACUCUUUCUCCAGCAUGGGCUCCCCUGUCAACGCACAGGACUUCUGCGCAGAUCUAUCCGUCUCCAGUGCCAACUUUAUCCCCACGGUGACAGCCAUCUCCACCAGCCCAGACCUGCAGUGGCUAGUGCAGCCCACCCUGGUCUCCUCCGUGGCACCAUCGCAGACCAGAGCGCCCCAUCCCUACGGAGUCCCAACUCCAUCGACUGGGGCUUACUCCAGAGCUGGAAUGGUGAAGACCAUGUCAGGCUGCAGAGCGCAGAGCAUCGGCAGAAGGGGCAAAGUAGAGCAGUUAUCUCCUGAAGAGGAAGAGAAACGGAGAAUCCGAAGGGAAAGGAAUAAGAUGGCUGCAGCCAAAUGCCGGAAUCGGAGGAGGGAACUGACAGAUACUCUCCAAGCGGAGACAGACCAACUUGAAGACGAGAAGUCUGCGUUGCAGACUGAGAUUGCCAAUCUGCUGAAAGAGAAGGAAAAACUGGAGUUUAUUUUGGCAGCCCACCGACCUGCCUGCAAGAUCCCUGAUGACCUGGGCUUCCCAGAAGAGAUGUCUGUGGCCUCCCUGGAUUUGACUGGGGGUCUGCCUGAGGCUACCACCCCAGAGUCCGAGGAGGCCUUCACCUUGCCCCUUCUCAAUGACCCCGAGCCCAAGCCAUCACUGGAGCCCGUCAAGAGCAUUAGCAACAUGGAGCUGAAGGCUGAGCCCUUUGAUGACUUCUUGUUCCCGGCAUCCUCUAGGCCCAGCGGCUCCGAGACCGCUCGCUCUGUGCCAGAUAUGGACCUGUCCGGUUCCUUCUACGCAGCAGACUGGGAGCCUCUGCACAGCAGCUCCCUGGGGAUGGGGCCCAUGGUCACAGAGCUGGAGCCCCUGUGCACUCCGGUGGUCACCUGUACUCCCAGCUGCACCACUUACACGUCUUCCUUUGUCUUCACCUACCCGGAGGCUGACUCCUUCCCCAGCUGCGCAGCGGCCCACCGAAAGGGCAGCAGCAGCAAUGAGCCCUCCUCUGACUCCCUGAGCUCACCCACACUGCUGGCCCUGUGAGCAGUCAGGGAAGGGGGGGCAGCGGCAUCCCAAGCGCCACUGCCUGAGCUGGUGCAUUACGAGAGGAGAGACGUCUUCCCCGAGGGUUCCUGUAGACCUAGGGAGGACCUUAUCUGUGCGUGAAACACACCAGGCUGUGGGCCUCAAGGACUUGACAGCAUCCACAUCUGGACGCAAGUCCUCACCUCUUCCGGAGAUGUAGCAAAAAAACAA